UAUUUGAAGCAAUUAUUAGUCCUAUGAAGAAAAAAAAUCAUAGAGAUGACGUGGUCAUUGUCCGGGGCGGUUCUUUAACUUUUCAGGAAAUGAGAGUGAAAACAAAACCACAGAUCUGCAACUUCACAAAUGAGACCUGCGCAUAGUCAUUUUCUAGCUGAAGUUAGGACAUAUUAAUCGGCAUAAAAAUAUAUAUAUAUAAAAUGGAAUCUGGUGCCUAUGGGGCCUCGCUGGCCGGAGGUGACUUCGAUUUUAUGAGCUUUAUUAAACAACCUCAAACCAUAGUCCGCAUCUUGAGCUGGAUCUUUUCCAUAGUGGUGUUUGCCACCAUCACUGGAGAAGGCUAUGUCAACCCUUCACUCCUGCCUGACACCAAAUGCAUGUUCAACAGGAAUGACAGCGCAUGCGGCUUCGGAGUGGGUAUCGGAAUUUUGGCCUUUCUCGCCUGCGUCGUCUUCAUCAUACUGGACGCCUACUUUCCUCAGAUCAGCAACGCCAAAGAGAGGAAGAACAUUGUCACUGUUGACUUGGUCUUCUCUGGAGUGUGGACGUUGUUCUGGUUCAUCUGCUUCUGUGUCCUGGCCAAUCAGUGGUCUCACACCACCGAAGUAGCAGGCAUCCCUGUCGACGCCGCCCGAGCCGUAGUGGCCUUCUCCUUCUUCUCCAUUGUCACUUGGGCUCUAUUGACUACAUUUGCUUAUACAAGAUAUCGCCGAGGAGUGAGUGACCUUGACCAGGGCUACACAGACCCAGCCAAAGACUACAGCACUCCUUACCCAUCCACCUCCGCCUAUCCCCCGUACCCCACCAGUGGGCCAGAGGGCUACCAGCAGUCCCCUUUCACCCCCCAAAACCAAGAGCAUCCAGCACCAUACCAGCCCCCGUCUUACUGAGGGACUGGCCCAUUGACCAGGCUAUGUUGCCUCAGCUAUGUGGACUGAUCUCAGCACUCCACUGGUCCUCUCCUUUCACCUAACUGUUUAAGUCUUAGCUGGUGUUGCGCUUACAUAAUGAAGGGUGUGUUGACAUGAUUUCAGUUGGUAUUCAUAUUGUAGUUUAGGUUGUGAAUGGAUAUUUUACUGCAUUUUUAUACAUACAACUAGAGUGCCUGAGCUGAGCUUCAGGUAGAAUCUAAGGAAAACUGUUACUAGGGUAAAACCUAGAAUGCCAUGGAAAAAUAUGAGAUUCAGAGUGCCAUCACCACUUGAGGUAACUGCCAUAUGUUCUUUCUGUUGUUCUCUGCACUGUUUGUCUUGUAACAUAUGUAAUGCAGUCAUGUGGACACUGAAGUUCAGAUCAAACCACUAAAACAUAUGUCGCUGUCGCUGGGAACAUUGCUUUGUAUUGCAAUUAAUGAGGCUAUGCUAUGCUAUGCUAUGCUAUGCUAUGCUAUGCUAUGCUAUGCUAUGCUAUGCUAUGCUAUGGACACACUGUAUUUUUCUAUGCUGCCUAAUCCAGUUAUAUGGUAUAGUGCAUAUACAAAUACCUUCUGAUCAUUUCAAUGUAUUUCAAUGUUCUAGCCAGCCCAGGAUAUCAGAACUUAUUGCCAUAUAUCUAGAAAUCAAAUGUAUUGCUAAAUUAUUGACAAACGUUUUUGUUUUUCUCUGCAAACCCAUACUUUUAUUUGUCCCAAUAAUGGGUGCACUGUCUGAAAAAUGCUACCUUUAACGACUACUGUAUAUCAGUGCUUUUAAAAACCACCACUGAACUCACUCAGAGCCUAUUUCCUGUACCCAGUUUAAACCUACUUCUGGACUGAAACUCACGCUGAAUGGAAAAGCUCCAUUGCAAGUAGAUUUUCAUCCAGGAAUAGGUUUAUUAAUCUUGGUCUGGGAAACCAGACGUACAUUUUUUGGGGGGUAAAUUGGAUAACGCGUUAUCUUUCUGUCAUGUGAAUGUCAUUUGUAGUACAUGCUCCCAAGUCAUGUUAACCCUUUCAUUUGAUCUUUAUUGUAGUUUCAAACGAGUCUGUAAUAUAUUUGGUAAACGAGAGUGUGUGUUUAGUAUCAGGAACGCCCUCUCCUCAACUUGUUUGUCUCCUACCUUCAUCUAUUCCGAAUGUGCCUGGGAACGGUUUUAUUCAGUUCUGGUGUGUUCUUGUCCACGACACACACCUUUUCAGACAAACUCAUAUCAGAAUUCUCAUAGAUGAGUUUAACAAAAUACCAUCUAGUAGGGAAUAUAUACAGUAUAUUGAAUUGUAAUGGUAUUGAAAGAAAUUGAGUAGGCUGCCAGUACGUUGCAAUAAACUCUAGUGAACUAUUAACAUAAUAUAUUUAUAAAAUAAUACUUAUGGGAGCAGUCAGCAUACUACAUUAGGACACACAACUGCAAUGUGUUUUGACUACUAGUCUUCCUCGGGCAGCAUUGUGAUAUUAGAUUGAAAAUUGUUAUGUAAAUGACCUAUGCCCUUUAAUCCUCCUGGGCAUGACAAUGACUUCCAUACAGUACCAGAGUAAGAACCUUCCAUCAAAAACGACAUAUGGUCCUGCCUUUGUUCUUGGUAUAUCUAUGGUACAAGCUCAUUUAUUUACAUUCUCUCUGAUGAAGUGAUCUCACCAAUUAUUAUGCCCUCUGUCUUGGGUUUCAAGAUAGCACUGAGCUUUGCAGUCUGUUGCACAAAGUGCCUUAUAAAAGCCUACUACACCACCAACCGAACCUUUGCCAAAUAAAGGCUUUUCCUGUUUGGAGACUGGCCCAUUUUUUAUUUUUUUUAAAGAAGGGUGUAUUCCAAAGGCAAAUAUUUGAGCAGCCGCUAAGGAGGGAGAGUAAAGGAGCCGGUGAAAAGUAGAUAAGGUUUACAACUAUAACUAGUAAGGCUAUUUGUGCUCUCUCUGGGUGGGCCCUGUGUGUCACCUCUAGUUAUGUUUCACAUUGGACGCGGAGUUUACUGAAAACCGACAUUGUGCAACAUAAACAUCCCAUGACUCUUGUCAAUUUUUCAAUAUAUGCCAAUGCCAGGAACCUUUCACUACUAGAAUAGUGUGUGGUAUUUGAAGUCUAGCACCGUCACUGCUAUCACGGACAUGAGCUUGUUCGACAUUGCAUGCGAUUGAGUUACCGACUGACUACAAGAAAUCUUGCAUCUUGCAUAAAUAAAUAACUACUGAUCAGUCAGUCACACUUUA